CGUCAUUUUCCGCAGAGCCAGCUGAUGUGCCGUGUCUUCCGCUCCUUCUCCGAACUGCUCCUGAAUACAUGUUGACGCACAGACAGUUAGACCUGGUUUUAAUUCGAUAAAGACAGACGACAUGUUGCACAGGGACAGAGUACCGCUGUUAUGGCUUUUUAUUCAGGCUGCGCUCGUCGUGGCGUGGUGUUUCACCGACAUGGAAACGGGGCCUGGCGCAGGUGUAUCGACACAGCCGAACGGAGAUCGGUUCAAAAUCGAGGGCAGAGCGAUAGUUCCGGGGAUUAAAACACAAGACUGGGUCUCCACGGCCAGAAUCCUAGUGGAAGGUGAAGAAUACGUGGGAUUUUUCAGAACUGAUGGCAGUUUUGCUGUGAAUGACGUCCCUUCAGGAUCCUACGUCGUGGAAGUUGUCAGCCCUAAUUACAGAUUUGAGCCAGUACGUGUCGAUAUCACAUCAAAGGGCAAAAUGAGGGCGCGUCUUGUGAACUACAUCAAGACAUCAGAAGUCAUCCGUCAGCAGUAUCCUCUUCAAAUCAGGGCGAAUGGCCCUCACACCUACUUCAUGAAGAGAGAGACCUGGGGAUGGACAGACUUCCUCAUGAACCCAAUGGUUAUGAUGAUGGUUCUGCCCCUGCUGAUCAUUGUUCUGCUGCCCAAGGUCGUCAACACAAAUGACCCAGAGAUGAGAAAGGAAAUUGAGCAGUCCAUGCACAUGCUGAGCCCCAACCCCGAGCUUCCAGAUGUCUCCGAGCUCGUGACCAAAUUCUUCUCCGGCUCCAAGGGCUCCAGCAAGGCAGGUGGCAGCAGCAAGGGCACGAGGCCGGCUGCCAAGAGGAGGUAGUACUAUACACGUCUGCUCAGUCUGCCCAACGAAGCUUGAGUUACGCCAUGGAAGCAAGAUUUUUAAGUGUCAUGUUUAUUUCCCUCUGGGUGUAUUGUACAGUUUUCUUUAUUGAUAGAUGUUUUGAGCACAUCUUGAUUUCUAAUAUGCUAUUGAAAACUGAGAAAAAAUAAGAUUUUUUUUCAUACUGCACUGAUAAAAAAAAUUUCUUAAACCCUGCAAAAGCUGUUAUCCUUCAUUUGCUCUUUACUUUCAACAUGUGGCUGUACUAGUCAUCCAUCUUUUCCAUGCUAACCCUACAGUGUGCAUUUUCCCACUGCUGCUAAUUCCACUACCUGAAAGAGAACAUAUAUACAGAGAUUUUCUUCUUUUUUUUCCAAUUUCAGUGAUAUGACUGUGAAUGAAGAUUAAUUGAAUUUUAAGACUGAUGAAUUCUUAUUUAACUAAAAAGUCUAGAUAAAUAAAUUGCAAUGCUAUAUAACAACUGUGUUUUUAUUUCAGACCAUCUUAUUUGUUUUAGAGUGAACGCAUGGCCUUCAUCAUGUUUUGAAUUAUUGUGUGGCAUACUGUUUGGCCAGAAUUCACACACUGUACAUUACGUGCCUAAAGGUGUAAAAAAUUAAAAUGGAAAAUCAUUGGCAGUUCAAAGGAUGAAAGAGCUGUGUGGUUGCUUUUCGAGACCUCUAGAGUGUAACUGGCUUUACUUUUAAUAAAGCGGACGGUCAAGUCUCUAUUAAAGUUU